AUGUGGCUACUCAUCUUUCCUGAGGGCACGAAUUCGUUCAGUAACACACGGGGAAUGAGCAAGAAGUGGGCCAACAAGAUGAAUAUCCAUGACCUCAAGAAUGUCCUCUUACCAAGGACUGAGGUUUUGCAAUUCUGCUUGGAAGCAUUGAAUCCCACUGUCCAGAGGAUGUAUGACUGCACUAUAGCAUACGAAGGUAUCCCUCCCGAUGAGUUUGGGCAGGAUAUCUACAGUCUUCAAAAUCUCUACAUCGAGCAUCAAAACGCUCCGGUGACCCAUAUCCACCGGCGCCGCUUCGGUGUUGGCGAAAUUCCUCUCGGCGAUGCUAAGGCCUUCGAUCAAUGGCUCUAUAGGCGAUGA